AUGAUGGAUACAUUUAUAAGUGUCUAUGAUGAAAAAAUUCGUCCAUUGAUGGACAAAAUUGAUCAAGCUCGGUCAUUAUUAUCAUGGAGCAAUGAUGGCAUUACUUUUCCCAACGUUGUUGUCGUUGGUGAUCAGUCAAGUGGUAAAUCAACAUUACUAGAAUCAUUAUCAUUAGUCGAACUUCCAAAAGGCUCCGGUAUUGUCACUAGAUGUCCAUUAGUGUUAAGAUUACGUAAAUCUAGUGUACGACGAUUAUACCGCUUGAAUGGCAAUGAGAAAGUUAUACUUGAUGAAAGAAGAACCAAUAUACUAAAGUAUAUCGAGGAAGAAACAAAGAAAUUGGCCGGUGAAAAUAAAAAUAUUGUUCAAGAUUUAAUUGAACUACAAGUAGACGAUCCUAAUGUACGGGAUUUGACCAUGGUCGACUUGCCUGGCAUUGCGCGUAAUCCUAUUGCCGAUCAGCCAAAAGAUAUUCAUAAACAAACAACAAAUUUAAUUCGUCACUUUAUUUGUCAGGAAGGUAGCAUUAUUUUAUGUGUUUUUCCGGCGAAUGUUGAUAUUGCAACCGUUGAAUCAUUCACAAUAGCACGUGAAUUCGAUCCGACAGGUGUACGAACGAUUGGCGUUAUAACAAAAUCUGAUCUUGCUUUAAAUCAUGAUAUGUUAAUACAACAAUUGUUAAUGCAUCGACCUGACGUACUUCAUUUGAAAUUAGGCUUUAUUGCUGUUCGUAAUCGCAGUACUACUGAAAGAAUUUCACUAGAAGAUGCUCGUAAACGUGAAAAAGAAUUUUUUAGUCAGCAUCCUGCCUCGCGUAUUACUGGGCAUUGCCUUGGCAUUGACGCACUUAUUAAUCGAUUAGCUGAUUUAUAUUCUGAUCGGGUUAAAGAAACAUUUCCGAAAAUGCGAACCGAUAUACAAACAAAAUUGAAAGAAGUUCGCGAACAAUUAUCAAAAUUUCCGCCAGAUUUAGAAUCGACUUCUGCACGAUUGGCCAAAUAUUACGAAUUAUCUGAUUGGUAUGUAGAAAAUAUCAUUAAAGAACGUUUUAAGAGCUUAAAUGAUGGUCGGCAUACUAGUAUAAUUAAUAAUUUGCAUGACAAAUUCAAAAAAGCUCAAGAUAUCAUAAGAAAUCAAGAUAAGGAAUUUUUUUCACGAAUAUAUCAUUCUAAAGUUCACAAUGCCAUGUUAGCAUGCUUUGGUGAGCAAUUAGCAAAUUUUCUACCACAUCCGGUAUUGAAACGUUUCAUAUGUGAAAAGAUUGAUCAACUUUGGUACGUAAUCGAAGUGCUUAUCGAAGAAAGUUUUCAUAUGACAUCUACACUACUAUUGGAUAAUGAUCAAGAUGCUUGCAAUGAGGAUAUUUUGCUAUUAAAAUUGCUACCGGUAUUUCGUAAUGUUGUUUCUAUGUACUUGAAAAAAAAAAAACAAGCAGUGCACGAUCAAUUGCAAGAAAUAAUCCAACUAGAAAAACAUGAGCCGUAUACUUUGAAUCAUUACUACAUGACUACGAUUAAUAAAUUUAAAGAGUAUAUAGCAGAGCAAAAAUCUGGCAGAACGGAUGGGAAAAUGCAUUUGUCUGUGACAAUUAACGACGAUGACGAUGAUAAGUCAGUCGUUGAUGCCAUCUCGAAUGAUGGCCAAGCAGUACAAGAUAUGAUAAUUAGUAUUUAUGCGUAUUGGAAAUUGUUAAUGAAACGUCUCAUCGAUUAUGUAGCUUUGUCUAUACGUGCAGGAUGCGUCUUUGACAUAUGUCCUGGUAUACGAGAACGCUUGAGACAGAUUCCUGUCGAACAAUCUGAUCUCGUCGAUGCAUAUCUUGCUGAGGAUACGGUUGUUCGAGCUAAACGACAACAAUUACAACAGACGAAAGAACGGUUGGAGAAAGUCAACGCUAUACUUGGCGGUGAUCAAACAGGCAAUGAUACGUUUGCUAGUGGUACAAUGUCAAUUGAAAAUUCUCCAUCGAUGACUUUAGAUAAACUUGCAAAAAAUCUAACUUCCACUAAUGCCAUUGAAAAUGAUGAUCCUUGA